AUGACAGAUUGUUCGGACGUGAAAGUAUGUUUGGCUGAGGGGGGUUCCACUCAAUGCAUUAUGCUUCCGGGUAAUGCAAAUGACUGUCCUCCCUGUAUGUACGCUAUCACGGGUGGUGGCUACUCGUGCUACACUCGAAAGAAUGAAGAAUGCCCUUUUGCGCCGAUUUUUGCUUUAUGUGAAAAAUCGACUUCGACAUCACCUUCUGAAAGCAGCAACAGCAAGGAUAAUACACCAAAGUCAACCACGAAACCCACGGAGGCACCUGCUGCACCAGGUCCAGAGACUCCGACAUCCGAGACAUCGACAUCCGAGGAAUCGACAUCCAAUACCAAGACACCCGAGACCACUGACCCCACUACGGAUAAAGAUACCUCUAACGACAGCAAGUCAUUUGCGUCUGGGACUCCAUCCUCGAAUGAUGCAGCGACACCAAACGGUUUGGAUACGACCAAAUCCUCCGAAAUACCAUUUAGUAAUACGUCCGACGCAACUAUAUUGAGCAAUACCACGGCUGCCUCCAGUCCGUCGCAUACGAUCAGCUUGGCUUUAGUUGGUGGUGCAGCGGUGCUAGUGGUGCUAGUGAUCGUGUUUAUCGCUCGCCGAUUGGCGAAGAAGAAAAAUGAAAAGGUCAAGAAGCUGGAUCGUACAGUGUCGAUGCGGGACAGCCAGCAGUCCGACGGUACACUUAGCUCAGGAGCCUCUAGCGCGAACAUGUACUCGACGUACCACUACAAGAUUGAAGGUGACAACGGUAAUGGCAUCUCGAUGUUGACUGACUCACAGGGUAAUAGCACAUACGGCCCUAAUUACGCUGACCAAACGACCCACAGCGGGCCAUCUUCAAGACCAAUGACUGACUUCUCUAAUUAUGGUCAACCUCAAUUAUCCAAGAACUCGCGCUUUUACAGCGUGAACACCGGGAUGGGCGUAAAUGGUUCACAACACUACGCAAACAAUGAAAUGCCUACUCCAUUAACUCAGGCAGGUAGUCAUUUCGUGAACGUGACGACAUCUUCGUUGGACAGCAAUAGGUCGCGCUCAGGAGAACAUCCAUUGACAGUGAGUCAGCUCAUGUCUACAGCUGCAGUUGGCGAACCAGAUAAGGAAGUAUAUGAAAGUCGACAACAAGCUGGGUCUCUAGUAUACGGGCACGUACCACCUAGAGCGUUCGAUUCUGCUAUUUCUCAGAGCAAUAUACAGUUCGGCGUGUCGACAACUAGCAGCAUCAGAAGCGACUACGAUAUCGUUGACCCCGUUACAAUGCGUGAGGUUGAGGUACGCGGCAGCGAGAUGGUAGCACAAGCGAAUUGCUAUCCUAAAUUCUCAUUCGAGUCGGAGGUUGACAUUUACGACGGAGAGUCAUCCGAAGAGGAGAGCAGCGACGAUGGACAACCGCGACAUGUGGUAGAGCAUACGAUUUGA